AUGGCGGGCUUGGCCACUGGAGACGCACCAACUUCCACCACCUUCUCACUGCUGCCAUCUGAAGGCGUCGAUCCCAAUGGUCCCGGCGUUGGCGGCCCUGCGGGGGGCGACGGAGGCGGCACCAUAAGCAGCGAGGCUCAAGGCAUGCUGCCGACGUCGACCCAGAUGAACAUAUUGCCGAGUGCUUCGCCUACAAACUCGUUCACUUCGCUUUCCUCGCCCAAGGUGCUCGUGUUCAAUGACAAGACCAACUUUGGACCCAAUAGCACCGGUCGCGUCUUUUCUACCCAGAGUCGGACAAAGACUUUUGCCUGGACAUAUACAAGGAGCAACACGACGCUGCUAGAUAUCUUCUGGUACGGCAGGAAAGUCAACAAUGGAGAGGCCUUUGAUGUAUCUCAAGCAAGUGUCAUUGCCCACGCCAAGUUUGGCGACAGCACACCUGGAAAUGAGUUUGCCAAGCACUCCGGACUGAGCACAGGCGAGUGGUACACGAGGGAGAUGGUAAUCAAGAUUGAUUGGAAGACACAAAGCGGCGACGAGGGCUUCACACAAUCGGGCGUCUUCACCGUUGCAAACGGACCCUUUGACUCGGAAGCCUUUGACCGAGAGGCAACGGACAAUAGCCAGGACAAGCAAGGCGGCGAGGCUACCACUUCCAUCGGCAACCCCAGCCUCCCGACCAGCGGCCCUUCUGACACCGGCAACGGCAUAGGAGGAGGUGGCAGCAUUGGAUCCAGCGGAGGCGGGGGCGGAGGCGGGCUCAGCACGGGUGCCAUCGCCGGCAUCGCCGUGGCGUGCUCCAUCAUCGGCAUCGCGCUCAUCGCCGGCCUGGCCUGGUUCCUCCUGCGCCGCCGCCGGAGACGCCACUUCGACGGGGGCUACAAUGCUACCCACCAGACGACCAGCUCCUUCAUCGGCACCAAGGAGGCCCGGCCAUCCGUCGUCGAGUCGCCCGUCAUCUCGCCCUUUUCCGACAAUGACAACAGCCGAGCAAUCGGGCCCGUUUCCGGCUCCAGCGCCCUACCGAUACCUCUCCAGCACGCCGCAGGGACCAGCGCAGCCGACCCGGUGUCUCCUGCAGACGACCGCCCCAGCACGGCUACGUCGGGCAAUAGGGCACGUAACAUUGCCCAUCUCGUCGAGGAGGGCAUGACGGAGGCUGAUAUUCUGCGGCUGGAGGAGGAAGAGCGGCAUCUGGACGCCGAGAUUGAGCGUGCGGCGCGAAGGACGUCUAGCUGAGCUUUGUUUUUCCGGUGCAAGUAAGUAUACGAGGCGUUUCCCCUGUUUCCCCAAGAGGGGAAUACCCAGGGCUGCAUUGGCUGGGUUGUCGGCUUUGUCUUUUCCUUUAUGUCACUUUGGGACGUUGAGUCGCCCCUACCUAUGGCCGCAUGAUCAUCUAUGAAAGCUGGUAAUUCCCUCUAUUGUCAUUUCCAUGACGACUUGGGAUCUCAGAUCAAGAGCAAAGGACCGUCACGGUAGCAUAC